CACCCAUCACUGGAUUUUUGUUUUCUCCUUCACAAGAAGAAUGAAAAACAUUGGGAUACACUGUUGGAACAGAAAUACGACCAUGUCGAAUGAGCAGCAUUAACACAACAAAAACCGCAACGCAGGUGUAUCCUCGAACAUUGUAAUCUGACUGGUACCGAGAAUGGGCAAGAACAACGCAUCCGCACGGCACAUCUCCGAAGUGGGAAACUACGGGGACAAGAGGGAAUACUACGCCUCCAAGUACCUCAUGGAGCAUGCGCCGCCGAACGAUCCCGUGGCUUGCAUCCGAUCCCUCGAGGAGUUCGAUGUUCGGUGGACCAUGCUACACCUUGGCCAAGAGAAAGGGGAUUAUCUCGAUGGAGCUAUCCGGGCCUUGAUCUCGGAAAAACGACGGGGGAAGAAACGGAAUUCACGCCACCAGCCGAUACAACACUCGGAUGGAGCAACAGAAAGUGGAGCCGGAACAACUUGCUGCCCCAACACCGAGGCACUGAGCGAGCAUCCAACACCAAUCCAUGCACUAGAGAUUGGCGCAUACAUUGGAUACUCGGCAAUCCGAAUAGGGAGACUGCUUGCCGCGGAAGCAGACCCUGGCUCCACAUUAUUGUCAGUAGAACAGAACGAAGACAACUCAAGGUAUGCAGCAGCCCAUGUGAACCAUGCGGGUUUAAAUAAGACCGUGACAGUUCUUCAUUCCAAGAUAGAGGAAUGUUUUAAGAAUGGUGAAAAAGAUGAAACCGAUGGCGAAGGGAUUGCCAUUAACGCGGGGUACAGGGAAAACUUUAGUUGUCGUGUUCCGUACGAUUUUGUUUUUCUAGACCACCGAAAACCAUUCUAUCUCAGGGAUUUGAAGUUGCUGGAAUCGAGGGGUGUUAUCGAUGCAAGUGUGACCACGCUGGUAGCGGACAAUGUUGCCCCACUGGAGCAUCUACGGAACAGAGCACAGGCGAUUGCCAGGGGCAAGCGCAACGGCCCGUGCAAGUGUGUCAACAAGGCGUGCGAUUUUCUGGACUACGUUAGACAGAAAUGGUCCUCGACUGAAAUAUUUUAUGGGGAAAACACUAAGGACGGUAUAUCUAUUUCUAAACCUGCUUCGAAAUCGAAUAUCGAUGUAGUACAAUAAGAAAUAAAGACGUCGUACAGUG